GAUAACUUUAACGGUGUGUUUUUCCCCUACAUUUAUUUUCUUUUAUUUAGACAUACGUUCAAUUCCAUUUGAUAAAUAUGAAUUUCAUUCCGAAACAAGAUGAGGAAUUAUUGUGUGGAUUUUCAAUUUUUUGGCGAAUCGAGAAUUUUAACCCAUUGCCAAAUGAUAGUCUUUGUUUGAUAAGUCCAGAAUGUAAUAUUAAACCACUGAAAACGAAUUGGAAAAUUAUAGUUAAAAAACGUGGUGAUUUUCUAGUGGCAUUCAUAUCCAAAGAAGAACACGAAAAAUACUUGAGUUUGUUUUAUUCAGUUGCAAUACUUACAGGAAGUGGUUGGUUUUCGGUUCUAGAUAGUGCAAAAGUUAAAUUUGGCGGUAAUUCAGAUGUUUGGGGAGUAGAUAAAUUGAUUAAUGUGAAAAACUUAAAAGAAGAUGAAUGGUUUUAUCUGCCAAAUGGGACUUUAACCGUAAGUUUCCGUUUAUGGAACAACAAUACAAACAAGAAGGCAUACCAGUACUUAAUUACAACACGUUUAAGAAGUGAAUGCGAAUUAGAACAAAGAAUAGACAGACCAAUCGAAAUGUUUACAGCACUAAAACCAAGUGAUUUCUUAACUUUUCCUCUUUCCUACAAAUUUCACAUCGGAGAAACUACAAAGUCACCAACUCAGCUACCACCAUCGACUUCUAAUCAAGAAUUAAAUACCGAGGAAAAUCUUCUAAGAAUGUUCAAGGAGAAAAAGUUUUCCUUUGUUACUCUUAGAACAUCGACAAAAGAAUUUUCUGUGCAUAAAGCAGUAUUGUGUGCCAGAUCUCCAGUUUUCAAAGCCAUGUUUGAGCGGAAAAUGAAAGAAAACGAUUUGAAUGUAGUUGAUAUCGAUGACGUUGAAAGUCAAACAAUGACGUCACUUAUAAAUUUUUUGCAUUUUGAGCCGCUUGGUGAUUUGAGUUGGGAAGCGGCUGUGAAGUUGUACUAUGCUGCUGAUAAAUAUGACAUAAAACCAUUGAGAAAAGCUUGUGUUUUACGCAUGAAAAAUGAAUUAACAAAUGAAAAUAUUUGUGACUCUUUUGUUCUCGCUAAUAUGCAUCAAGAUAAGGAUCUCAUGAGCUGCGCUGGAGAUUAUUUUUGCAAACAUUCUAAACAAAUUCUACCCUCCAAAAAAUGGAAAGAUUUUCUUUUGAGUUACACAGAGUUAGCUGCAGAAGUUUUAUGCAAAUUAGCUCAUAACAUAUAGAAAUAAUUCAUUAAACUUCAUUUAAAUUUUGGUUUCUGCCCAUGUACAUCCAAAAGGGGGAGGAAAUAGCCAUGAAGAACUGAUUUAAUGUAUGAUACAUUGAAAAAUAAUGAAAUCAAGAGCAAAAGCUUUUCAACAUUUUUGGCAGCAUAUAAAUAUAGAUUUUUAUCUUUUUAAUUUAUAAAUUAUUAAAGCUGUUAUUCGAUA